CAAUAACAAAAACAGAAAACCUCAAAUAAAUCCCCAUUUUUAAGUUACCCCUGAAAACUAAAAUAAAAAUUAUUUGUAAAAUUAAACUUAAAAGAUUUCAGUUACAUCAAUCAAGAAACCACUCCCAGGUUCUGAGAUCAUUAUAGCACCCUGAACGUUGUACAUCAAAUCAGUGUAGUUGGAAUCUUUGCUUGUUUAGGUACUGUAUAGUUGGCCCCAUGGUUAUCUAUAGUCGAAUUGCUCUGCCUUGAUCAUGUAGCUUUAGAAUGAGUUAUUGUAUAUUGAAAUCAGGAUUUUGCGCCAUUAGUUUUGACUUUUGAGACUUGAGAGUGGUAAAGUAGAUAGUUUGUACAAUGGAACAAUCAAAAAGUGACAGCCAUAUUCAAUAUAACCCUGUUCAGCCCGAGAAUACCGACCCUAUGCCUUCGGCUCAGAGUUUCCAAAAUGCAAUUCCUAGACACUCUUCAGUAAAACCUGUGUUAAACUAUUCCAUUCGAACUGGUGAAGAGUUCUCUCUAGAAUUUAUGCGGGAUCGGGCUAACCCUAAGGUGCCAUUUGUCCAGUAUGCUGCAGUUGAUCCUAGUCAUACGCCUGGCUACUUGGAACUAAAAGGCAUUUUGGGUAUUAGUCAUACAGGAUCUGAAAGCGGGUCGGAUAUAUCCAUGAUUAAUAUGGUUGAAAGAAACCAUCUUGAGAACAAUUCUUCUCUAGCUUCUUCUAAUGCGUCAGAUAGUUCACCAAAGAUUAAAAUCCUCUGUAGUUUUGGUGGUAAAAUAUUACCUCGCCCAAGUGACGGAAAGCUCAGAUAUGUUGGAGGAAGCACACGAAUUAUCCGCAUAAGAAAAGAUAUAUAUUGGCAAGAGUUACGCCAAAAACUGAUAGAAGUUUAUAUUGAAACUUAUGCAGUCAAAUAUCAGCUUCCUGGCGAGGAUCUUGAUGCUUUAGUUUCGGUUUCUUCUGAUGAAGAUUUGCUGAAUAUGAUGGAGGAAUGUAACAUGUUAGGCAUAGGAGAAGGGUCACAAAAGCUUAGAUUGUUUUUAUUCUCUGUAGGUGAUUUAGAUGAUACCAAUUUCAGUCAUGCUAAUUCUGGUGGUGAUCAUGAAUUUCAGUUUGUGGUGGCUGUAAAUGGGAUGGAUGUGGGGUCACGAAGGGAGUCGGGUAUGAAUGGUUUGAUGAGUUCGUCAACCAAUAAUUUAAGUGAGCUUGAUGGUCAAAAUGGUGACUACAUUAGGAGCAACACAUCACCAUUGACUUCAGUGCCGGUGUCUUCUCCUGCCAUGCCCCCUAACUUUUCAAAUGUAUAUGAAAACCGUAACCAGAUGCAUCAUGGAGAAGCUAAUUUAAAUUUCUCGCCUGUGGAAACUUCUGUUCCACUGAAUACCGAAGGGCUUAUGCAAACCCGGCAGCCACAAUUGGAGGAAAAGCCAAAGGGUGAAAGUGUUGUUAAACAAGAAAUUAAACAAGCUAAAAUUAGAUCCCCAAGAGAUGAUGUAGCAGAGGGAAAGCUUCCCCCAAAGCCUAAAAUGAAUGAAGAGAGGCCUGUAAAUGUUCCUAACAUGCCAAAAGUUGCCAGGUCUAAUGACAAUGAUACGUGCACAUCAAAUAGUGCUUUGGGACCUGAUAACUUACGUUCUGAUCUUAUUGAUUUGAGUUAUCUCGAGCCUCCUGUUGUACCACCUUCAAGGGUUUAUCAUUCAGAGAGGAUUCCACGUGGACCAGCAGAGAUGAAUAGGUUGACCAAGUCAGAUGAUUCACUUGGGUCUCAGUUACUUGCUACUCAUUUACAAUCUGAUGCUGACACCCAGGGUUUCAUCUCAGAAUCAGAGGCAUCACAUGAACCUAUUGAAGAUCGUAUGGCUGUCAAUAACAACCAGGUUUCUGAUCCUGUUAAUGUAGCAGAUGCUACAACGGCUAAUGAUAAAAAAAUUAAGUUUGAUAAACCAGCAGAUGCUGGAUCACAACCAGGGCACCAAGGUUAUCCUGCACCUAAUACUCAUGCGCCUAGUGGUGUAGUCGCUAGCGGUGGCGGAGACAUUCUAAUUGAUAUCAAUGACCGGUUUCCCCGUGAUUUUCUUUCUGAUGUAUUUGCACGAGCGAUUUCUGAAGAAUCACAUGGUAUCAGUGUUCUGCCACAAGAUGGAGUAGGGAUGAGCAUGAACAUUGAAAAUCAUGACCCGAAACAUUGGUCUUAUUUUCAGAAACUAGCGAAUGGUGAAAGAGAAGAGUUCAGGCAGAAGGACGUGUCUCUUAUUGAUCAGGAUCAUCUUGCGUUCUUAUCUGGACUUCCGAAAGUUGAAGAAGAACUUUCUUCAGUUUAUAAUGUUUCUGGAACCCAGGUGGGUUUGCGAAAUGCUUUUGUUGAAGAUGGUGAAAGAGAAAUAGCGGGUUCCGCAUCGACAUCUAUGCAACCUCAUUAUAAUCCUUCAGAGAUGAAAAGCAGUGAAGGCAUGCAGUUUGAUGAUUUAGCAGAUAACAUGAGAAUGCCAGACUCGGAGUAUACGGCCGAGACGAGGAACGAUGCACUAUCUUCUAUCGACCCUUCUCUUGCCGAUCUUGAUAUCAGUUCGUUACAGAUUAUCAGAAAUGAAGAUCUUGAAGAAUUAAGGGAACUUGGCUCUGGUACUUUUGGUACCGUGUACCAUGGAAAAUGGAGGGGGACAGAUGUUGCAAUUAAGCGUAUUAAGAAAAGCUGCUUUGCAGGCCGAUCAUCUGAGCAAGAAAGAUUAACUGUAGAGUUCUGGCGUGAAGCUGUUAUUCUCUCAAAGCUUCAUCAUCCAAAUGUAAUGGCAUUUUAUGGCGUAGUACAAGAUGGGCCUGAUGGAACGUUAGCUACUGUCACAGAGUUCAUGGUGGAUGGCUCACUAAGACAUGUCUUGCUUCGUAAAGAUAGGCAUCUUGAUCACCGCAAGAGGCUUAUAAUUGCAAUGGACGCGGCCUUUGGAAUGGAAUAUUUACACUCAAAGAAUAUUGUCCAUUUUGACCUGAAAUGUGACAAUCUUUUGGUGAACAUGAAAGAUUCUUCACGCCCUAUAUGCAAGGUAGGAGAUUUUGGUCUGUCCAAAAUCAAGCGGAACACUUUGGUUUCAGGCGGAGUACGGGGAACCCUUCCAUGGAUGGCUCCAGAGCUACUGAAUGGCGGCAGCAACAAAGUUUCUGAGAAGGUUGAUGUUUUUUCUUUUGGGAUCGUGUUAUGGGAGAUUCUUACACGUGAGGAACCGUAUGCAAACAUGCAUUAUGGUGCAAUCAUAGGAGGCAUUGUGAAUAAUACCCUCAGACCCUCAGUUCCAAGUGAUUGUGAUCCUGAUUGGAGAAGGCUCAUGGAGCAGUGUUGGUCUCCUGAUCCAGCGGUGAGACCAUCCUUCACGGAAAUAACUAAUCAGUUACGCAUAAUGUCUGCAGCCUGCCAAAGUAAAGCCCAUGCUCACAAGGCUUCCUAGAUCUGCUUUGCCUUCUUCCUUUAUUGUUUCUUGUCAAAUGGUCAUAUAUACGAACAUGGUAAUCUUUUAUCAUGCAUAAACCCCAAGUUCUUAUUGUAAUUGUUUCCGAUUCAAAAGAAUAUUUGAAUAUUCGAUAACAUACAUCGGAGAAAUGUAAAAUUGCUAUCCUCAGCUUGUUUUUAAUCCCUAUAUAUUAAUGAUUAUUAUUGGUGUAA